AUGAGCACAGUAACUACUAAAUCUUACGUUGUUGCUGUUGAUCAGCAUCAACAAAGUAAAAGUCGAAAAUUUCUACGUAUUUUACUUCUUUUUGUUGGCAUCGUUAUAUUGGUGGCUGCAUUAUUUCUUGCUAUUGGCAAUCAAAGAAAAAGUUUAACAGUAUCUGAUAGUAAUAAUACUGAGUUGAUUUAUAAUCAAUCAUCACAAGAACUUCGAUCUGCACGAACAUGUGAGUAUGGACGUACUCUAUGUGAAGCUCGAGCAACAUGUACUGAACAAAACGAAUGUCGUUGUAUAUUCAACUGUGAUGAUGAUGAGGAUGAACCAGUUCAAGAUGUUGAAACUAGAAUAACAUAUCAAAAGCAAUGUCAACUGGAUGAAGCUGCAUGCAAUUCUCGUUAUCAACAAUCAUCAUUAGAAAAAGGCAAGUGA